AUGAUAGAUAUAAAUGACUUAAUAAAAGAAAUAAUUUACAGGUCAGCUGAUGAAUGUAAUUUUAACAAUGAAGAACUUAAUUUUCAUAGUAUUUUGAAAUUUUUUUAUGAUAUUACUAACAAAUAUAAGAUAAAUAAAAAGUUAUCGGAUGAGAUUCUUAAUAAAUUAUUGAUAAUAUGCAAAAAUAUAAUUGAUGAUAAAAUUAAUUGUAAAUUUGAGAAUGAUGAUUUGAAUGAAAAUAUAAGAGAAAUUAAUAUAAAUAAUUCUAGUGAUUCUAUUAUAAAAGAAAAACUGUCUAAUUAUAAGAACUAUGAUUAUAUACCAACAUUUCAUAUAGAAAAAAAUGACAAAAGUAAAUAUGAUGGUUCACUAAAAAAUACUUUGCUUCGAAAAAAAGAUAAAGAGGAUUUAAGUAUAUAUCACUCUAGUAAAACUAGUAAUAUAAGUAUUUUUUGUUUUGAUAAAAAGGAAGAAAAUGUAAAAUCUUGUAAAAAAUUAUAUGAUGACAAUAAUUAUACCAAAUUAAUUGUGAGCGAAAAAUCAUUUCUUCACAAAAAUAAUAAAAACUUAUUAAAAAUAUUUUUAAAUGGCGAUAUAAUUAGUAAUGUGUAUAAUAAAAUAAUAAAACAUAACAAAUAUAAUAAUGAUAAAACUCAAAAAAAAAAUAAAAUGAAAUUAUAUAAUGAAAGCAAUGUAUUCUAUACCUAUUAUACAUUAAAAAAAUUUAUGUGUAAGUGGUUAAAUUAUUAUAAUAAAGAGAAGAUAUUAAAAAAAAAUUUUUUAAAAUUCUCUAAAAUAUAUCGUAAGAAUUUAUUAUGUAAGUAUUAUGAUUUAUGGUGUUAUUAUAAUGAAAAAAAUAUAUAUUUGAAAAAUGUACAUGAAAAAUUGCUUAUUAAAAAAAAAAAAAGUAUAUUAGAAAUUUUUUUUAAUAAAUGGAUAAACAAAUAUAAAAAAAAAAAAAAAAAACAUUUUAUUUAUUUUGUUCAUAUAUUUAACGAAUGGAAAUAUUAUGCUCAGAAAAGGAAAAAAUUAAAAUUAAUUAAAAGUAAAAUAGAACAAAGGAGAAAAAAAUGCUUUUUAAUGAUAUGGAAAAAUAAAUAUAGUAAAAAGAAAAAAAAAAAAAAUAAACAUAAUGAAAUAAAAAAUGUUUACAAUAAAAAUUUAUUAAUAAAAUGUUAUGUUCAUUUAAUUUUAUAUUAUAAAAAGAAAAAAAUAGAACACAACAAUUAUAAUAUUAUUCAUAAUAAACUGAAGAAAAAAUUAUAUCAUAAAUAUUUUUAUUUAUUUCUUGAAGUGUAUCAGGAAGAAAUAUAUUUUAAAGAAUAUUAUGAUAUGUAUUUAGAUAGAAUUAGAAUAUAUUUUCUAAAAAAGUUUUUUUAUAUUAUAAAUGAUUAUACUUUAAAAUGUAAGAAUUUAAAAAUGUGCUUUGAUAUUUUAGAUAAGAAAGAAAAGAAAAAUAUUUUAGGCAAUUAUUUUGUAAGAUGGAAGAAUAUAUAUAACAAAAAGGUUAAAACUAAUGAGUUGUUAAAAAAGUAUAUUGAAAAAAAAGAAAUUUGUGUUUUAAAAAAAUAUUUUUUUUAUUUGAAAAAAUACAAAAACAAAACAACUAACUUAAAAAAAAAAUUUUUAUAUUUAUAUGAAAGAAAAAAUAAAUUAGAAAUACAGAAAAUUUUUAAAAGUUGGAAAAAUUAUUAUUCAUUAAAUUCUACGAAAUAUAUAUUUUUAUAUAAUAAGUAUAAAUAUAAACUUUUAAUAUAUUCCUUUCAUUUUUUACGUAAUUAUAAAAAUUAUAAGAUAAAAAGAAAAGAACAAAUAUUACAUAUGAAUAGAUUUUUUCAUAAUAGAUUAAAAAAAAAAGUUUUAAUUCAUUGGAAAUUUUAUAUAUCUAAAUACAGAAAAAAUAUUCUUAAUUAUUAUAACUUUAAUGAUGAGAGUAAUUUAUUUGUAUUUUUUAUUUUGAAGUUAUUGAUAAAAUAUCAAAUAAUUUGUAAAAAAGGAAAUUGUAGAACAUUUUUUGAUUUUGUAAAUUUUUCGAAUAUUAAUAUAAAUAUUAAUAGUUUGAUUUAUAUACAUAAAAAAUAUUUUACAAAAAAGAAUAUAUCACAAAAUACACACAUUUUUUAUGAAAAUAUAAUGUAUGUUUAUAAAUCGUUAAAUAUAAUUUUUUCUUUUAUUCCUGUUCUCUUUGUAGUUAACAUUAAUAAAUUAAAAUUUAAUUUGCCAUAUAUAUCAUUUUCAAUUAAAAUGGUUAUAUAUAAACGUGUAUUUGAUACAUGGUUAUCUGAAAGUAGAAGUUUAAAAAAUUUCAAAAAUGAAAUGAAAAUGAAACUUUUAAAAAUGUAUUUUAUUAAUUUUUAUUUGUUAAUUCAAAAGAAAAAAAAAUUGAAAAAAAUUAAAUGUGAUUAUGAUUUUAGCAAAACAAUAAUUCUGAAAAGAAAAACUUUUUCUACUUGGAUGUUUUUGCGUAUAAAAUAUUUUAGUUUUAGAAAAAAAUUUCAAAUAUAUGAUCGUAAUAAUAAGCAUAAAAAAAUGAAAAAAAUAUUCUUAAACUGGAAAGAACAAUCUAAACAAAAUAGUUUAAAAAAAAAGAGAAUUGUUCAAUUUUUUAAAAAUUUAUUAAUGAAAAGGAAGAAAAAAUGUUUUGAUAUUUUGUAUGAUAAUGUUAAUAAGAGUAAAGAAAAAAAAAUAAAAAAUAAAAUAUCUAAUUUGUAUUGUAUGAAGAAAUAUAAGAAAAAAGCAUUUAAAGCUUUAUGUUUAUAUACAAAAAAUAUAUUAUAUUUCAAAAUAUUAGACAAAAUAUCAGAGAAUUAUUUGAAAGGAAUAUGCAUAAUUAAAUGGAGGAAUAUGACGAAACAUUUUUUAAGGAAGAAAGAGGAAUUACAAAAUCGUAUUAAUUAUUAUAAUUUAAAAAUUCAAAGAAAAUUUUUUAAUAUUUUAUUAAUUUAUGUUCAUUCAAAUCAAUUAAAAAAAAAAAAGUUUUUACAGUAUAAAAAAAUUCAAAGUAGAAUAUGGAUGUAUAAAUAUUUUAAUGAAUGGAAAAAAUACAUAAAAAUAAGGAAAAAUAAAAAUUAUUUUCACAGAAAUAUUGAAAUUCUUUUUAAUAGUAAAAAAAAAUUAAGUGUUUUAAGUAAAUGGUAUACUUUAUUUAUAAUAAACAUAAAAUUUAAGGAAGUUGAAAAAAUAAUUUGUAUGAAAUUUUACAUUUUUUAUUUUUCCAAGUUGUAUUUUUACAAUAAAAAAAUGAAAAGAAUUGAGUUUUUUUUAAAAAAUCGUCUAAAUGUUAUGAUAUGCCAGGGUAUAUUGAAAGAAUGGAAUCAUUAUGUUAGAAUUAAAAAGGUUAAAAAAGUAAUUCUAGAAAAAAAAAAAUCAUUAAUGAAAGAAAAAUAUUUUCAAAUAUGGCAAAUUAGAUAUAAAAAAGUAAGAAAGAGAAAAAUUGAAGAAAAAAAAAUUUACAAUGAUAGGCAAUUAAAAAGAAUGAAUAUUUUAAAAAAUAUAUAUUAUAAAUGGAAGAAUAAAUAUUUAGAAAAUAAAAAGAUAAAAAUAUUUGUAUGUGUAAUUAAUAAUUAUUUAUUAAAUAAAUUAAAAUAUAGAACUCUUCUUAUUAUUUACAAAAACAAUGAAUAUUACUCAAAGCUGCAAUUAUUAUUAAAUCAUUUUUUAUUAGAUAAAAGCAAUAAAUUAAAAAGAUAUAUUCUGCAUAUAUUAAAAAGCAAUAAAAAUAGCAGAAUAAAAAAUAAAAAAUCUUUCCUUUUUUAUUGCAAUAAUAUGAAAAGAAGAAUAUUUACAAUUUUAAGAAAUUAUAAAGAAAAAAGGAUAAUUUAUAAAAAAAAUGUACAAAUAUUGAAAUAUAGGAAAAAACAAAAAAUAUUUUAUGCUUUAAUUAAUUUUUAUAAUUUCAUUAAGAAAGUAAAAACCAACUUUUAUCAUAUUCAUUUAAAUGCUGAAUAUAAAAUCAAAAAGAAUUUCUUUACCUAUUGGUUUAACUUUUUGAUGAGAAGAAAAAAAGAAAGAGAAAUAUUUGAUAAUCUAAAAUCAAAAAGAGAAAACAAAAUAAAGGAAGAAAUAUUUUUUGAAAUUAAAAGAAAAAUAAAUAAAAAAAAAAGGAUAUUUUAUUUAUUAAAUAAAAUCAAUCAAUUAAUAAAAAAUAAAAUGUAUAAGUAUGGUAUUUAUAAACUUGAGAUAUAUAGGAAAUAUGCAAAAAUACAAGAGAAAUUAUAUUUAAAAUUAAGAAAAAGAUUAAAUAAAAAAACAUUAAAUAAAUGUUUUGAAAUUAUGAAAAUUAGAAUAAUGAAAAAGAAAAGAAGAGAAAGUGAACAUAUUAUGAUCAAACGUUUUUAUGAAAAUUUAAUAAAAAAAAAAUACAUGAAAAUAAUUUCUGCAGUUUGUAAAGAAAAAAUGAAAAAGAUGAAUCACAUAAUUCAAAUAGCAAAUAAAAAUAAUAUUAUGAAUUAUUUAAAAAGAUAUUUUGUGAUUUGGAAUAAUUAUAUUAAAAAAAUAAAAGAAUAUAAAAUUAUUGAUAAUAUAAUAAAAUUAAAAAAAAAAGCACGUAUUUUUUUCAUAUUAUUAUAUAUGAGGAUACAAAAUAAUUAUAAUAAAAUUUCAAUUAUAUAUAGUAUUCAUAAAUUAUUUUAUUCAAAAUUUUAUGAAAUACCUUCUUUUAAUCAAAUAAUUGAAUAUAAUAAUACCAACUCAGAAUAUAUAUAUGAGAAUAAAUAUCAAUGUGUACAUAAUAUUAUUACAAAAAAAAAUAAUAAUGAAAUAAUUGAUAAAAGAAAUAACAUAAACACAUUUAAUAUAAAACCCAAACCUGAUAGUAGUAUUAAAACAUUAAAUGCAUUUUUAAAUUUAAAGAAUUUUAUAAUUUUAAAUAAAAUCUAUAUUAGUAUGGAUAAAAAUUUUGAUGAUUCAUUAAGAAAAAAAUAUUAUAAGAGGAAUGAUAAUUUUAACAAUUUUUUGAAUAUAUGUUAUAUUUUAAGAAAAAAUAUAAUAAAUAGAUUAGUAUUAAAUUACAUGUUAAUGUAUGAUUUUUAUGACAUUUAUAAAUUUUUCAUACAUUUUAAAAAAAAAUUUAAAAUUUUAUACAUCUACAUUUUUAAUUUAUUAUCAGUGAGAACAAAAAAAUUAUUGCUAAAUUUUUUUAAAAAGAAUACAUCAUUAUAUUUUAUCAAGAUAGCUAGUAUGAAAGAUGAAGAAAUUAACAAAAAUUUUAAAAUCUUAUUAUUUAUUUAUUAUAUUUUUAGUUUCUCAUUCACAUUUAAUAAAAAUAAUAAAAAACUAAAUUAUUCAAAUAUAUAUUUUAUUAUAAAUCAUAUAUUUGUUAAUGAAGGGGAUAAUUUACAAACAAAAUUGAAAACAAAAGAAAAUUAUAAAAAAAAAAAUAAUAUUAAAAAUAUUAUACAGAAGAAAGAAAUUAUCAACAAAAGAUUAUUAUUUAGAGAAAGCAAUCAAAUAAUAGACACAAAUAAUAAUGAUAAAUUGUAUUCUUUAAGUGAAAGUAACAGUUCAUUAGAUAUGUCUUAUUUAUCACAUUCAUCAUAUUUAUCUUCAUCUUCUUCCCUUGUGAAAAAUGAAGAAAACGAUGACAAAAGAAAUUUGAAAAUCUUACCAGUAAAAAUGGAAAAUAAUUUUACAAAAAAUUCUUUUGAAAAAAAUAUGAUAAUUUUUUUUAAAAAAUUGCAAAGUUGCAUAUUAAGUAAUUUUAAAGAGAAUAAUUUAAAUAUCAAAUUUUCCUUUUUAUUAAGAAUGAAUAAAGAUAAAUUAAUUCAUAUUUAUUUAUUUUUUAAAAAGCUAAAAAAAUCAUUGUUUGUAUGGAAAGAUUACUGUAUACUUAAAAAAGAAAGAAAAAAAAUAGAUAUUUUAAAAAUAAAUAAAAUUAAUGAUAAUAUAAGAAAAGAAUUACUAGAAAAGUACUUUGGUACUUGGAUAUUGUCAUUUAAUAAAAAAGUUAAAGAAAUAAAAACAAAAAGAAAGAAAGUAUUAAGAAAACAUAUACAUUUACUUCUCAUUUAUUGGUAUAAACUUAUUAAAGUUAGUAAUUAUGAUAAAACGAAAUUUUAUGAAUUAAAAGGAAAGAUUGAAAAUAGAUUAAAAAGCAUUUAUUUUAAAAAAAUUAUUUUAUUUUAUAAAAAGAAAAUCAGAGAAAAAAAGAUUUACGAAAUUAUAGAAAAAGAUAAAAACAAUAAGACAAAACAAUGUUUUUUUUAUGUAUGGUUAUUAUUAUAUCAAUAUGAGAAGAAAAUUUAUUUUUUAUCAAAAAAAAUUAAUUCAAGAUUAUUAAAAAUGUUUUUUUGCAAAUGGCAAUGUUUAUAUGAAGAUAAACAAACAUAUGGAAUUUUUAUUAAUGUGUUGAAUCAGAAUAUUUUGAAAAAAAUAUUUAAUUAUGUAAUUUAUAGAUUUAAUUAUUAUCAUUUUAUAAAAAAAAAAAAACAUUCUUUGCAAAAAAAAUACUUUUUAAUAUUCUAUAAUAUAAUUAAAAAAAAUCAAAUUUUUAAUAAAUUACAAAUAUACAUAUAUUCUUCUUUACAAUAUAAGAAAUUAAGUUAUUUGUUUUUUUUUUGGUAUAAUAGGUAUAAAAAAAAAAGUAGUUGCAAAAAGAGUUAUUUAGAAUAUCAAUCAAAAAAAAAAUAUUAUUUCUUCAACAAAUGGAUAUUUAUUUUUGUAGAAAAUAAAAAGAUAUAUGAUAAAAAAAGAGAACAAUUUUGUAAAUUUUUUUUAAAGAUAUAUUGGAAUAAAUGGAGAACUUUUUAUCGCUAUAAGAAAUUAAAAAAUAAGAAGAAUGAAAAUUUAUUAAAAUAUCAUUAUUUAAAAUUAAGAAAAAAAUAUCAAAUGAAUUUGUCAAUAAACACAUUUAUAAACAAAAAUAAAAAAAAAUUAGAAAGCACAGCUUUUAAUGCUUUGAAGGAAUAUAAAAAUUUUAAAAAAAAUAGUAAAAGUGUUAAAGAAUAUUGUCAAAAAUAUAACAAUAAAUAUAUUUUAACGAAAUAUUAUCAUCUGUGGUUAAGUGAAUAUAAUAAAUUACAAAAAAUAAAGAGUGCUAUUAAUCAUUUGAUUAUAAUAAACAACAAGAAACAUGUAAGAGUAAUUGUUAAAUAUUGGUUACAAUAUACAAAAAAAAAAAAAAAUCUUCGAAAUAUUUAUGAAAUAAUUAAGCAUAAAAAUAAUAAAAUUAUUAAAAUUAUUUUUUACAAAUGGAGAAAUUUAUUUCAUUUUAUUAUAUACCAGAAACAUAGAAUUAUGGGGAAAUAUUUUAACAUUUGGAUAUUUAAUUUUAAGUUCGUUUUGUUUAUAAAUAAAAUAAAUAUUUAUUUUUAUAAUAUUUAUCAAAACAAUAUAUUUUAUUUUUAUUUUAUUUUAAAAAAGAAAAACGAAAAUUUUAAUUUACUUCAAAAUGGUUCUUUUUUUUUUAUAAAAAAACAAUUAGAGAGUUUUUUGGAUUAUAAAAAAGAUCUUUUGUAUAAAAUUUUUACUUCCAUUAAUACUUACACGAAAAAAAAUAUUACGUUAAGAAACUUGUUAGAAAACUAUAAAUUAAGAGUUAUUGAUAAUAAUAAAAGGAAAUACUUUUCUAUUUUACUAAAAUAUAAAGAUGAAAAAAAGAAAAAAGAACAUUUGAAUAAUUUGUUUUUGAAAUAUAUUAUAGAAAGAAAAUUUAUUAUCUAUAAAAAAUAUUUCUUCAUAAUUACAAAUUUAUACUUUUACAAAAAUCAUUUGAAGUUUUGUGAAGAAACAAUUGAAACUAGAAAAAACAAAAGAACACUACAUAUUUAUUUAAAUAAAUGGAUAAACUACAAUAUUUAUUUUAAAGAAAAUUUAUUUUUACAAAAUUUAUGCGAUAAUUUUUUAUCUUAUAGAAGAAAAUGUGAAUUUAUAAUUUCAUUAAAACAAUUUUAUAUAGAAAAUAAAUGGAAGAAUUAUUGUGAAUAUAAUUCUCUAAUUUUUUAUAAAAAAAUUCAAGAAAACACAUUAGUGAAACUUAUAAGGUAUUGGAAUAAUGGAUCCUAUAAUUAUUUUGAAAAGAAAAAAAAAGUUAUUGACAUAAAACAAAAAUAUAAUUUCAAUGUGAUGAAAAAAUAUUUUUUUCUCCUAAUCUUUUCUAUUAACAAAAUAAAAAUUGAAAAAAAAAAUUAUGAUAUAGUUAUUUUUAAAAAAAAUAAAACAAUAAAACAAAAAUUCUUUAAUAUGCUCUAUGAUAUUACUAUGAAAAAUUUAAAUCAUUAUGAAAAUAUAAAAAAAUUAAGUGAUGAGCGUAUGCAAAAACAAAUAUUAAAAAAGUAUUUUUAUUCUUUAUUUUAUUUUUUACAGAAGAAAAAAAUACUUAAAAAUAAUCUUCUUCAAAUUAAAAAUAUUAACAAUGUUAAUCUUAUUAAAAGAUAUUUUUAUAUUUUUAUUUUUAAAUAUGUAAAUAAUAUUAAUCAUUAUAAGUAUUAUUAUUAUAAUAAAUAUUUAUCUAUAUGGAAGUAUUAUAUUGUUAUAAAAAGAAAUAAAAAUGACCAAGAAGAAACAGAUGAUGAGGAGGUGGAUGGAAAUUAUGGAAAUUUUGAUUACGAUUACGAUGAGUAUGAAGAAGAUGAAGAUAAAAAAGUUGAAGAAAAAGAUAAAAUUAAAAAGAACAUUUAUGAUGGAAAUAGUGAAUCUGAGAAAAAUAUAAAAGAAAUUAAAGAAAAUAAUAGUUUACCUUUUGAUAAUAAUAUAUCAAACAGUUCUUCAGAAUAUACAUUAAAAUCUAAUUCUCAUUUAAAUAAAAAUGAUAUAAAAAAUGAAAACAAAAAUAAUCUUACUAAUAGAAACAUAAUUUCUAUUAAUAGUUAUAUAGAUUCAUCAUCUGAAACAAGAGAAGAAAGUGAUAUAUCAAAACUUAUUAAAUUAAAUAAAAAUAAAUUAAAAAGUAAAUUAAGUGAAAGCUCUAAUUCUUGUUCUGUUUAA